AUGAGAGAGGUGCACCCAUCGCCUCGUCCACGACAAGUGAUCUCGAAUGACACUUUCGAUGUCCUGCAACACUUGUCUGGCAACUCGCCAUACUUCAACUCGCCCGGAGUAGGCCUCACUGCAGCACUCCCAGAUGGGUGUUCUGUGACGCGUGCAACAUACCUCGUCCGGCAUGCAGAUAUCUAUGGCAAUGAUUACGAAUACGAACACAUAAUUGCACCGUUUCUCUACAAGCUAGGGAACUUCUCCGACAAACAGGCAUUCUCCGGGAACUCGUUCUUAUCCUUCCUUAGCAACUGGACGAGUCCCAUCGACGAUCCCGAUGCUGAGAUUGAGAAAGUCACGGAUACCGGCAAGCAGGAUGCCGCCGCUUUGGGCGCGGUCUUCGCCCAAAGGUACCAGGAUAUCUUGGGGAUCAAUGACGAGGAUUCAUUCAAGGUAUGGACGGCAGCAGCGACGCGAGACCAGGAGACGUCCAAGGCAUUCGUGCAAGGAUUCAACGCAUCAAUGGACAAUGUUACCCUCGUGAUCGUGGAUCAAGGCGAGAGCCAGUUUGCUAACACUUUGACUCCCCAUCAAUCUUGCGACACCUUCGAUUCUGGAGUAGGCUCGGACGAAGAGAUGACCUUCAUCAACACCUACGCGCCUUCCAUCGCAGCGCGGCUCAACGGGCUCGUCGACUCAUCGUUCAACUGGACUGCGAGCGACGUCUUCGCCGCCCAGUCGCUCUGCGGCUACGACACCGUCAUCCGGAACAUGACCGUCUCCGGAUUCUGCAACCUCUUCAGCGAGAGCGAGUGGCUCAACUACGAGUACGCGAAUGACCUGAUGUACCACCGCUCCCUCGGGUAUGGCAACGAGCUUGCGCCCGUGCUGGGCAUGCCCUGGGUCUCUGCGUCUGCCCGCCUGCUCUCAGGUAGCGCGAACACUUCGGCUCCAAACUCGAGCGCAGGCAACCAACAGCUGUUCAUCAGUUUCGCGCACCGUGAAGAGCCGCCCUUCAUGGUCACCGCUCUCGGACUGUUCAACACAUCGAACGCGAGCAUGCCGACCGACUCCGUUAACUACGACCGCGCGUGGCGCACCUCCGAGAUCCUGCCCUUCCUCGCGAACGUCGGGAUCGAGCGCCUCUCGUGCAACGCAAGCGCGACUGGGAACAGUAGCGACACCGACUUUGUCCGGGUGCUGGUCAACGCCGCGCAGAUACCCCUGCCAGGCUGUACAGACGGGCCGGAGGACUCGUGCUCCUUGAAAGGGUUCGUGUCGUUCGUGCAGGACAGAGAAGCGCUGUACGGUGAUUUCGUUGGCGCGUGCGGCGGGUCAGGCAAAAUGACGAACGCGACGAACACGCUCGGGUUCUACGAGGGUACCCUCCCUGCGAACGGGGCAGCAAUACAGACUGUUGCAGUAUCGCUCAACGGCUCCUUGUCAGUGUCUGUCAAGGACAGUGGGGCAACCUUGACAUCGAACGUCGCGGGCCUGGUGUCGGUGGGCAUUGGUGCCCUCGUCGCUGGAGUUCUAUUCUAA